GGAGAUCCCCGAAGCGGUUCCGGAGCUCCCGGAAGCGGCUCCCGAGCGGCGCCGGCGGAGCCCGAGGCCGAAACGGUUCCGAAGCGGGUCCGGAACUCGCCAGGCGGCUCCGGAAUUUGCCGAGAGAUUCCGAAGCCCUGCGGAGGUUCUCGAAGCGAUUCCAGAGACCCGCGAAGCGGCCCCGGAGAUCGCCCAGAGGUUCCGAAGCGGUUCCGGAGAGUCCCGAACCUCCUCCCGCCUUUCCGGAAGGUUCCGAGCGGCUCCGGACAUCGCUGAGGCCGUUCCGCAAAGCCCCGAAACGGUUCCGAAGCGGUUCCGGAAGUCGCCAAGCACCUCCGGAGCUUCCCGCAGCGCUUCCGGAAACUCCCGAAGUCGCAGCGAAGCAAUUCCGGAGCUUUACGAAGAGAUCCCGGAAGUUGCCGAAGCGGUUCCGGAGAGUCCCGAGCGGCUCCGGAAGUUUCCGAGCGGCUCCGGAAGUUGCCGAGCCGGCCGGCCCUCAGCGCUCGCCCCCGGCCCCCGUCGCCCCCGGAGCCCCCGAACCGGAGCCGCCCCCGGCCCGGCCCCGCUCCCUCGGCCCCGGGGGGGGCCCGGACCCGCCCCGGCCCCGCCGCCCCGGCCCGGCAGGAUGAUCAAGCUGUUCUCGCUGAAGCAGCAGAAGAAGGAGGAGGAAUCGGCGGGCGGCACCAAGAGCUCCAGCAAAAAGGCCUCGGCCGCGCAGCUCCGCAUCCAGAAAGACAUCAACGAGCUGAACCUGCCCAAGACGUGUGAGAUCGAUUUCUCAGACCAGGACGAUCUGCUGCACUUCCGCCUGCUCAUCUGCCCCGACGAGGGUUUCUACAAGGGCGGCAAAUUCGUCUUCAGCUUCAAGGUGGGGCAGGGGUACCCUCACGACCCGCCCAAGGUGAAGUGUGAGACGAUGGUGUACCACCCCAACAUCGACCUGGAGGGCAACGUCUGCCUCAACAUCCUCAGGGAGGACUGGAAGCCGGUGCUGACCAUCACUCCGUACUGUCGCGCCUGCAGUAUCCGGUCCGGGAAUUUUGGGAUAAUUUUGGGAUCUCUCAAACCCCAAAUCUCCCUCCCAAAGGAGCCCAACCCCGAGGACCCCCUGAACAAGGAGGCUGCGGAGGUGCUGCAGAGCAACCGGCGCCUGUUUGAGCAGAACGUGCAGCGCUCGCUGCGGGGCGGCUACGUGGGCGCCACCUACUUCGAGCGCUGCCUGAAGUGACCCCAACCCCACCUGAGGGGGCAGAGACACCCCGGGAACCCCCAAAAUCCUGCAGAGAAACCCCCAAAAUAUCCUGCAAAAAUCCCCCAAAAAUACCCAAUAAAACCUGAGAAAUAUC